AUGCGUGGCGGCGGCGGCGGCGGCGGCGGCGAGCGAGGGGGGCGGGCUUCGCCUCGGUCGGAGACCCGCGCAGAAGGAGCCGGCGGGGCCCGGCCCGGCCCGGCCCGGGGCGCCCCUCCACCGGCGUCUCCUCCGUCCCUCCCUCCAGGGCGUCCGGGCUCCCAGAGGCAGCGCAAGCGGUGGCUGAUCCACCGGGCCCUCACCAGCGACCCCGUGGACGUGGCGGGCCUGCGCCAGGCGGCGGUCAGCCGGGGCGGCCUGCUGACCGACGAGGUCCGCCAGAAGGUGUGGCCGAAGCUGCUGGGCGUGAAUGUGUACAGCAUCCCGCGCAAGCCGGGUCGGGAAGUGCGGCAGAACCACAAGGAUUGCAAUCAAGUCCUCCUGGACGUGCACCGCUCGGUUCGCCGGUUCCCCCCAGGGAUGCCCGAGAAGCAGCGCCAGGUCCUUCAGGAGCAGCUGGUGGAUGUCAUCCUGCAUGUCUUGAGGGCCCACCCGGAGCUUCACUACUACCAGGGUUACCACGACAUUGCCGUGACUCUGCUGUUGGUAUCGGGUGAGCGCAUGGCUGUUGCCCUGCUGGAGCGGCUCUCUACACAUCACCUGAGGGACUUCAUGGACCCCACCAUUGACAGCACCAAGCACAUCCUCAAUUACCUGAUGCCAAUCCUGCAGCGGGAGAGUCCUCAGCUCCAUGACUUCAUGCAAAGAGCGGAGGUGGGGACGAUCUUUGCCCUAAGCUGGCUGAUCACCUGGUUUGGUCACGUCCUUGCCAACUUCCACCAUGUCUUGCGCCUCUACGACUUUUUCCUGGCCUCCCACCCCCUUAUGGCUGUUUAUUUUGCGGCAGCGGUUGUUCUCUAUCGGGAAGAGGAGGUGCUGUCCUGUGACUGCGACAUGCCUAGCAUCCACCAGCUCCUGUCCCGCCUCCCACAGGACCUGCCCUACGAGGCCCUGGUUGGCCGGGCCCACCAGCUCUUCCAGCGCCUGCCCCACACGGAGCUGGCCGAGUGGGCGGCCCUUCAGCAGUGCAGGAGCAUUGCCAUCGGCUCCUUCUCGGCAUUCCAGCAAGAGGCACUCUGCCAGCGCCCAGACACCAUCCUUCGCCAGCAGCAGCGCCACCCCAGCGCCGGCAACAUGGAGUCCAGCACAUUCCUUCUCCCUGCAGGACGCAGCACCCUGCUGAAGGCCGCGGUCUGGGGACUCUCGGCCACGCUGGGGGCUGCUGCCCUGGCUGUCGUGCAGACUGCCCUGGAGUGGGGCCCCGAUUUCCUCUCGCAGCUCUUCUAGGGUGUCUCAGUGGGGUGGCAACCCCCCUCCCCAGCUCCGCAGCUUGAUCCAAAGGCUCUAAGUCCGUGGGCUGGACGGAAGGAGGGGCAGCCCCGCCCAAGGCUUACGGGGCCGGAGGAUGGGAUCUGGAGCCCCAUCCUCUCUGCAGCACCACAGCCCGUUCCUGCGUCUGCCAGCUGCCUCGGAGCUGAGCUCAUCACUGCCUUCCUAUACCCCCCCACCUACUGGAUGGGGGAGGCCGCAAGUACAGUGCAACCCCCCUCCCACGCAGAAAGCCCUGGGGCUGUGCAGGUGGGGAGCACCAGGCAUCUAGCCUUGCCCACCAAGCAAGCCAGUGGGAGGGGAAGAUCAGGAACAGAGAGAAGGGGGGCUGUUUGGGCGAGGAAAGCCAUAGCUGGCAGGCAGAGUGUGCCCUUGCAGGCCAAACGUGCCAAGCACGGUCCCCGGCACCUCCUGCAAGGCCUUCUCUGAAGCCCUGUGCAGCCGCUGCUGCCCCUGAUCUCUGUCUGGGUGGAGAGGGAGGCGGCAGCCCCCGCCCCAGCCGAGGUGCAGAGACUCCCGGUCCACUGUGCAGUCUGCCCUUAGGUGGGGAGAGCCUCUGCUGCCCGUGGCUGGAGCAGUGUGACCUGGCCUUGGAGAGAAGCAGAGAUCCUGCAAGACAUUGGGCCUUGGGUUGGGGGGGGGGUCUGUGGGAAAGUGCUCUUCUCCAGGGAGCUCUGGAGUGGGCACCCAAGCCACUUUGUGCUCCAGAAGGCUGGUGGGUCCCUCGGGUGGGGAGCAGCUGCUGCUUCAGGGAACUUGGUUUCUCAACCAGCAGAACCACAUGAACGGAAGCCGGGCUCGAGUAUGGAUUUAUUAUCAUUUUAUAACUAAGGUGCGAAUGUCAGGUGACUCUCCCCUUAUCCCACUGUUCCUCCACCUCUUCCUGCAGGAGCAGGGAACCGGUGGCCCUCCAUGGGGGGCUCCCAGCCUCCUCCAUGCUGGCCAUGGCUACUGCAACUGUGCAGAUUUUAGCCACAGCUGCCAGCAACCCCCAGGUUUCAGACUGGAAUGAUGUCAGGACUUCCUGGGGGAAAGUCCCCCUUCAUCAGGACCCAUUGUUGGCCACAAGGAGAGAGUCUCUUUGGGGUUCACAUAUAUUUGGUAAAUGAAAAGAAGAAGUUUCUUAAUGGCAAAUAAAGAGCUUUGCCUGCUCCCAGACAUUGCUUUUGACUAGCCUUCAGCGUACCUUGGUCUUGUCUGGAGAUGAAAGGGAGGCCAGGGAGCGUCACUUUCAGAGGUCUCCGGAGCAGGAGGAAGGUCAAAGGGGAAGUGAGCUAAGAGGCAGAAGCUGCUCUCCUUUUCAGUGACUUACUUCCUUUGGGCCUGCUGUUUGUGGUAACUUUCUCAACAGGAUCAGUUGCGUUUUUAAUAUAAAGCAAGUACUUGCAUUUCAACUGACUGUGAAAGCCUUUUGAUAAAGCGACGCCCGUUUUACAAGUGGAAUCUCUGCGUCGGAAAGGCCUUUAAU